CCAGAAUGCAACUAAAGUGAAUCGCAAUGCAUCUCGUAUAGCAUUGAACUUUAUUUUUCUUUUCUUUCGACUUAACUUCAUUUUUAAAAUCAACUUUUUUAUUAAGGUAAUCAAGCAUGCAAGACAAAGAGACCUACGAGAUAUAUAAAGGGUAUUUUCACAAGGAACAGGCAUCAGUUCUGAAGUUGUCUUCUUUUGACAAGUCUUAACUAACGUUGCUACCGUCAACAUGUUCAAAUUGAUUGCUUUCUUCGCCAUCUUGGCCGCAGCUUUCGCAGUGCCAGCCCCCAACCCUAGCCCCAAACCUGAUCCACUAACUCUGUAUUCAGCAGGUCUUCCCUUGACAUACAGCGCAUCGUAUCAACCAUUGGCGUACUCGAACUUGGGCUACAACUACCUGCCAUAUGCCUACAACUACAACUACUACAACGGAUAUGCACCAUUGGCCUACAGGAACCUCUACUAUUAGGAAGAAGAAGUCUAGUGAACAUGGAUCGUGACUGAUAGGAAUAUAAGCAAAUUAUUUUUUGGAAUGAUCUUGUGAAAAUUUAAUUUGGAAGUAAUAAAAUGACAAAAAUA